UUGAGACCUAUAAUAAAAUGAAAAAUAGACUUGAUGCACUUUUAAAAUGUUGAUGUAGGGCCUAAAUGGCUUGUCCAGCUGAGCAUCUCAGUGGAGUGGAAGCUACCACGGGCAACAUGCUUUAAAAAGCGAGUGUCUAAAGUCUUCAAGCCUUCACUUAGCUUACAGUCCACUUAAUGACACCGACAAGGAGAAGGAGCAAGAGAGAGGGAGAGCUGUCUGGUUUCAAUAGAUCAAAGAGCGCUGCCGCUGAAUGGAGUCAUUUGCAAUUAGAAGAAUAAUUAGCAUUUCCUGGUCCUCCAUUGCUAAUCAGAGUCGGAGGUGAUAUGUUUAUGUCUUCGUGCAAUCAGACGGCCAGUUGGAGUGCCCGCGCCCCCGGGACUCAAUAGGGACUAAUCAUCAUCACUUCGAACUGGCAUUUAAACGGUAAAAUGAUCUCCGAUCAAAUUAACACUCGGGGAAAAAGCGCACUCGGAAGAUACAAAAAUGUUUUUUUUUUUUUUUUUUGUUUUACUCCAGGGAAAUGUUGAUUUAUCGAAUAUACAUGUGGUAGUGAGGGGAGAAACAGUCAGUAGUAAUACGAUUGCUGGUCAGUAGUACAAUAUAGUCCUGAUUUUCAAUUCGAAUGAUAAUUACCCGAUGAAUUUGAACUUUGGCGCAUUUAAUAGAGUUCAUUUGAAUAUGAUCACAUGAUCCUAUCUAGUUUAAAUUGAAUUUGAGAUAAAAGCUUCACAAUACCAAAUGUGGUGGUAAUUCUCCUGAAAUGCUAUUGACCCCUUUCCCCUGUCUUUCAUUCAAAUCCAAUUUUCACCAGAACAUUUCUCUCCGGGGAAUAGUUGUUGUAGCACUUCUCCGAGGCCAAAUUCAUUGUUUUUAUCUCUAAAGAAUAGAACAGCCUUUCUCUCACAAGAGGGGCAAAACAUCUGCCUCUCCAACCCUCCCGACUCCGUUGCCAUCAGUGCCCUAAAUUUCAACAAAAGCGUCGUUGUUUCAUGUCUUGCCUUGAAUACAAAGUAAUUACUUAUCAUCAAUCAAAAUUAAUAAUAGUUGAUUGGGUUGGUGUGGUCAACGAUUACAGAGGGGGAAGGUCUAAAGCAGUCUCUCACACCGCUUCCAGUCAGUAUGGACUAAGAGAAAGAGGGGGCUCGGCCCAUCUAUUUGGUAUCCACUGGGAAACUACCGCCUCUCAAGGCGGCCAAAAAAGUCAGAAGCUGAAUAAGGAAAUGAAGCGUAAUUUGAGGAAGAUGGAUGAGUCCCGAGGGCAACACCCCCCUCUAUCCCCUUGUAUUGCAGAUGAUAAGCACUGCUCGUUUAUGUGUGAGUGUGUGUGUGUGUGAGAGAGAGAGAGAGAAAGAGAGGGAGAGAGAGGAGGGACAUAGAGAUUGCGCGAGAGAGAGAGAAACAGAGAGAGACUGUGUUUAUGUCUCAGUUUGUGACAAAUAGGGGAAGAGGGACUGAGCUAAAACAAAAAAAGCGUCGGGUCGCAGUCAGCAGAGAGGAGGGGACAACGCAAAGCUGCUCACCACGGCCAGUGUGGAUAAUACAAACAGCGAGAGCUGCAAGAUUUUUAACAAUCGGAGGAGUGAUUUUCCUCCGUUUUUCCUCGACAACUUUGAUUGGAAUUUAUAACACGAGUGGACAGAAUUUGCCUCAGAAUGCAGAGACCGAGCGGACAAGGGACGGCGUUUUCAAUUGAGUCGUUGAUUGGGACCCCGCAACCAAGACCGGGGCACCUUCUUUACACCGGCUACCCAAUGUUUAUGCCGUAUCGACCUCUGAUGAUUCCGCAAGCCCUGUCCCAUUCGCAUUUGCCGUCCAGUAUUCCUCCUUUGGCACCUUUGGCGUCGUUCGCCGGCCGACUCACGAACACUUUCUGUGCAAGUUUGGGGCAGGGAAUGCCCUCUAUGGUAGCGCUUACAACUACGCUGCCGAGCUUUUCGGAACCACCGGACACUUUUUAUCCUCCGCAAGAGAUGCCCGGGCCUCGAUUAAGUGCUGAUCCGAGUAUUAGGAGACAGGAGAGCCCGCACUCCGAGGAUCUACACGCUAGAGAGAAAGCCUCGGAACUUCUCAACUUCUCAGAAACUUUCCAAACUAUUGCAGGUGAGACCAAACUGUACAGUUCAGAUGAGGAGAAGCUGGACCUAAAAUCAGCGGACGCGGCAUGCAGCGAUAGAGAGGACAGCUCCGGAGACAGUGAGAACGAAAGUUUCUCGGACGGGAACAACUGUGGGUCGUUAUCCCAAAAGAGCAAACUCAAGCCCGGCUCUCAGGACACCUUACCACCGGGGGGUUCUGCUGGCAAAAGCAGACGGAGACGAACAGCUUUCACCAGCGAGCAGUUGCUUGAACUUGAGAAGGAGUUCCACUGUAAAAAGUACCUAUCCCUCACUGAGCGCUCGCAAAUCGCACACGCACUUAAACUGAGCGAGGUCCAGGUAAAAAUCUGGUUUCAGAACAGGCGGGCCAAAUGGAAAAGGAUCAAAGCCGGCAACGUCAACAACCGGUCAGGCGAGCCCGUGAGGAACCCCAAAAUUGUCGUCCCAAUUCCUGUUCAUGUCAACAGGUUUGCCGUCAGGAGCCAGCACCAACAAAUAGAGCAAGGCAGCAGGCCCUGAGUCUGGGCUUUGAUAGAACAGAGACACUGAACUGCUAAUGUUAAAUGCAUGAAGCACAAAAUCAAGGAUUCUACAAGAGUAUCUGGGACAGAUAUCAUUUUACUGUAGCAUAUGGUCUUUAUACAAAUAGAUGUUUUGGACAAGACUGUAUAUUUUCUUUUCCAAAUGUGUUCUGGACAUUUAUUUAUUGUUUUUUGUAAAUUUGUAAAUAUUGAACUUGUCUUAAAAGGACAU